AAGAUGGACAAGGACACAAGAGCAAUUUGAAUACUAUGGGGGUGGCAAGAUCGGUAUUUGGAUCGAACUCCACAUCCUUUUCAAAACGAAAACGGUAAAUGGUCACCGACACGCAAGCAACGCUACCGGCUUUUAUCGGUGUCAUACCCACUCCGUCUUUGCGUUUUUUAAAUCCCCCCAUUAACCCGUUCGUCUUUUCGUCGUUUUCCGCCCUCUGCACUCUCACACUCUUCACACUCUCUCGACGACCCUCCUCUGUUUCAUCUCUGCCUCUCUCUCUCUCUCUCUUUCUGCUUCAAUUAUCACCAAACUUGUUUUUACUAUUCUAGCCUCUAUUCCUAUCUUAAUUUUCCUUUUGUACCUGUAGAGCUCACAAAGUUUCUAUCCCGGAAGAGUUAAGAGUCCAGUCGAGUCCAUUGCUGCUAUAAUUUCAGCUCAAGACUUGCCUUUCAGAGAGCGAAUCGAACCUAGAAAAACUCCGAAUCUGAAGAAAUUGCAGUGCUCUUGGAAAAUGUCUGUGGCCACAAAGCUACGGUCACCGGUUUGCGAGCCCCGAGCCAUUCUUGGUCCAGGAGGAAACAGAGUUAGGGUUUCUGAGGACCUGAAACGCAAAAACGAGGGCAUGAAAAAGCCACAGAGGCCGCCGAGAAAGCCUGUUUCAGAAAUGCCGGAGACAGCUGUACGGAACAACGUAUCCGUCGACAGCUCGUGCUCUUCGGACUCUUCGUCAAGCGGUUCUCUGGCCAAAACGGUGAGCUCGAGAAGAACGGUUAGGCGUAACGGGUUAAGGCCCAGGCCCGUGAAGGUCGUUCCGGACGGUGUCGAGGUUGGGGCUGUGUCACCGAAGCUCUCAGGCCCACCUAAACGGUGUGAUUGGAUCACACCUAAUUCUGACCCGGUUUAUACUUCAUUUCACGAUGAAGAAUGGGGAAUUCCAGUUUAUGAUGACAGGAAGUUGUUUGAACUGCUUGUCUUCUCGCAAGCUCUAGCAGAACUCAGUUGGCCUGCUAUUUUAAACAAGAGAGACAUUUUCAGGAAACUUUUGGACAAUUUUGAUCCAUCAUCUGUUGCACAGUUCACCGAGAAGAAGUUGCUAUCUCUAAAAGUAAAUGGCGUACUAUUGCUAUCUGAAACAAAGCUACGCGCAAUUGUGGAGAAUGCUAAACAAGUGCUCAAGGUCCAACAGGAGUUUGGUUCCUUCAAUAAUUAUUGCUGGAGCUUUGUGAACCACAAACCACUUAGAAAUGGAUAUCGUUAUGCACGUCAAGUACCAGUCAAAUCACCAAAAGCAGAAGUCAUAAGCAAGGAUUUGAUGCAGAGAGGAUUCCGGUGUGUGGGUCCGACAGUCAUUUACUCAUUCAUGCAGGUGGCGGGAAUUGUUAACGAUCAUCUCUUAGCUUGCUUCAGAUAUCAGGAAUGCAGCACUGUAAACGCCACAAAGGAUUCUAAACCUAAGAUUGAAGAUACAGAGCGACUCAUUGAAGCCGUGGAGAAGACAAGGCUAUCAUAAUGAUCGAAUUUGCCUGACCCGUAUUUUGGACUCCUUAACUAAUCACACUGUCAUCACAAAAGAGCCGAACAUACAGGAGGUUCUACAGCUAUGUGUUGGUGUUUGUUACUUUUUAAUAUUUUGUGUCAUUUAACCUUAGUGUAGAUUAUUGAUGUAAUUUGACAGUAGAAGAAAACAAAAAAUAUCAAUACCCGUAUGCUUUUGUUCGAGGGCUUAGCAUUCAGUUUGUAGAGGAUUCUGUGACCCGUUAUAGCCUACCCUACUUAUGGAUUGGUGUUCUCUAAUAAAACUCACAUGCAUGUACCAUUUAAAAUCGUAUGACUAUUUUAAUGAAUAAUGUUGCUGAGGCAUGGUUUACUUGAAUAA